CCGUUAAAAUGUUGCCCACUUGUCUCUUGCUCGUUCGGAUAAUGAUGGAACGGCGCAGUUGUCGGCCUGGAAAUGCAGCAGAUGCGGCUAGUGAUAUAAUCAUGAGGUUAGCUUACCAUAUCCUCACACUGGGAUUUUUUAUUAUUAUUGAUGUGGAUGGGUGUCCGCGCCAAUCAACCCCGAUUGAACGAGCAGAAAUGGCAGUGCGUGAGGCCGAAGCCAAGAUGACUGACCGGGUGAUUAUCCUUCCCUCUUUUGAAGACAGUACCGUGCCCGCAGAGAAUGUGCGGCGCGUCCCCUUGGGAUCCACCGUGACCUUCGCCUGCAACGUCACAACAUCCUCUGGCAGCGCUGCUACCCAGGUGAUCUGGCGACAUCGCAACAAAACCGUCCGUGCCAAUGAGACGGCACAGAACAACAUAGGCUACUUCUACCGCCUGCAGAACACCGCCAACACCAGCCUCCUCUCCAUCCAUAACGCCACACGGGCCACGGCUGGGACAGUGGAAUGUCUGCGACCCUGCAGCGGGCGCGACUUGUGCCUGAUCGAGGAUUAUGAGUUACGGCUACAGUAUCGCGUCCAGGAGGUUUUUGGGCCAGCUAUGCGCAACGUGUCGACACCCUGUGGAAAUUCUCCAUGACUUGUGCCGGUCGGUUUGACUGCAGUACUACGCUAGCCAAGAAUCAUUUUAUCUGGAAAUAUGACGGACAGUUUGUAACGGCCCCAUACGCCUAUCUCGCGGCCAUUGCGGAGCGUUCCCACUUUCCCGGUGUGGAUCACGGGGAAUUUGCCGGCAGCGCUUCCCCUAGCGGUGAGACGGAUCCGCUCUGCAUUACCACACUGAUCAUGACGAUGAAGAAGACGAUCAAUCAUCGACCGGCACGGGUUGACUGCUGGGUGCGCACGGAUGUAGACACCCACCAAUGGUUUGUGCAGUCAGCUUAUGUGCAGUUCACACAGUCCUUCCGCUAAGCUCGACGAUGAAUUACGAGCAUCUGAUACCUU